ACAUGGUGGACACCGGGGCUGCGGACGACCACUGGCGGAAUGCGAGGGGAGUGUAGUGUAGACAGAGGUUACAGGCCCUGACAGACGUGUGACAGGAGAUGAGCGUCAUGUAUGAAUCUGUAUCCUGACUGGUAUGGUUCAGAACAGCCAGCUUUAGAAACGUUGUUAAGCGCUGUCUGACUUUAGCAAGCUGGGGAAAGGGACGUAACGUGUUACAUGUCGAUCAAAGCAUGUCGUGCUGGCUUCUGUACGGAUCGCACGUUUUCACGGACAAUAUUAGCUGGGGUUUAUAACGUUGAGGGUUUCGUGACAGAGAGGCAGCUACGGCAGACACGAAACUUACUGGAAAGCCGUCGGUGCUGUAGCUCGUUAGCUAAAGCUCAGCUCUGCUCUUCUUCCGGGGCCUCACGGGAUGCUCACUUCAUUCUUUCGCGACAUGUCUGACUUCGUAAAAGCUUUAAUAAAGACGACUUUUUAAUUUCACACCCCUGUUCAGCACAACUAGCCAAAUCGAUAUAAUCAGGCGCAAUAAUAGUUCCAAUGCCACUGAAUUCAUCCUCCUGACCCUGCACGUGCAUCCAUGCGUCAUCUUCUGAGAUAAACAUGAGUGUUCUCUUGAGCUUCACAGUCGGACCACCUCGUAUAUCAUGCUGGGGCUGCCAGUUAGCUUCGGCCUCUUAACCUGCAGGAGAUUCUCCUUGCUCCACCAUCCUUCUCGCCUACAGAUUUCAGUUGCCCUCGCUAGUAUGUACACCGCACGCAUGUACAGUGGCGGCGGAGGCAAACCGGCCCGCCGCAUCGGCCUGAUAGGAGGCGGGCCACCCAUGCUGGAGAACCACCAUCAUCCCCUCCCUCCCCAUCAUCCUCAUGUCCAUCAGCCUCCAAAUUACCCACCUGUUUAUCACGCACGUCUAGAUGCCCAUCGGGCACAUUACCAGACCCACCAACAUUACCACACGCACCCGCAGGUCGCCCACUUCCCUCCUUCCCAUUAUCAACCCCAUGCGCAUUUGCACCACAGCAAGAAGAAGACGUGGAACUUCAUCCACGAGAAGAUGAGCUACGACACCUUCUUCACCAUGAAGCGGCUGAUCGAUCGCUCACGCACCGUGGAUGAAGUUCUUCGCUGGGUCACGCAGAAUCCAGGGAAGAUCUCGCACAAUCAUUACCCCAUCGCUCUGCAGAAGAUCGGUCAGCUUCUGGUUCUGCAGCAGACUGGAGGGAGUGGAGCGGGCUCCGGAGGAGCGGGUAAAGGGGCUUUGCCGACAUCUUCUGGUGGAGGAUCAGGGGAGAACGCCAUACGACAGAUUCUGGACAAUCAGGAUUUUCAGACGCUCUGUGAUGCUAUCGUCAAUGACUGCUCCAAGUUUGAUAACUUCAGCAUUGUAAACUGCCUUUAUGCUGUUGCUGCCCUUGGGCUGCCCAGUGACUCUCAGAUCGUUCAGGUUCUGGAGGAAGAAUCCCAAGCCCGCCUGUCUCAGUUUAACCAAAAGGACAUUUCCAUGGUAUUCAGCAGCAGUAUGAAGCUCCAUCCGUCCAGCCAGCACCCUUUGAUCGAGUCUUGUCUCGCCGGGUUGGAAAAGAACAUCGAGCGGGAGCGUCACCCCCAGACACUCUUCCUCCUGCUCUCCUACUACCGCACUAAAUGGAGAGCGCUGAGGGUGGCUGACGGAGCCUCUCCGGAGCAGCUGGUGGUGAACCGAAAGAUCCUGCGGUUGGUUAAGCACACACUGGCCAGCGUCAGCAGCGUGAGGGACCAUGAGAUGGCUCUGCUGGAUGAGAUGCUGUCAGUAUGUGCCAGAGAGGCCAGCAACAAGAGCCUUGAGCUUAUCUUCAGCUCUCACCUCUUCUACCAGAACAGACAGGAGAAGUUUGUGAGCAGCCUUGCGGAGGAGUUGCCUAAAAAGGUUGAUAGUAUAACCCCUUACACCAUGGCCCUCAUAGCCAAAUACAUCGCUCGCCACCGUCUCCGAGAGACGCGCCUCCUGGACACCAUCGCUGACUUUUUAGUCAAGAAGGGCGAAUACCUGGACAGCAAGGUGAUCCAAAAGCUUGUUUUCCCAUUCAGUCGUAUGAGUUAUCGGCCUGCCAACGAAGCUCAGUUUUUCUCCAAGCUGGAGAUGGUGCUGGAGUUAAAAGCUUUGAGCUCUCCGCUGGCCACCGUUAACAUCCUCAUGUCCCUGUUCCAGCUAGGUCAUUUUCCUGGACUCGUACUGCACCGUGUCUUCUCUCCACCAUUCAUCAGUAACGUCACCAACAGCCCUUAUGCCCUGAUUGUACGUCGCUAUCUUUCACUGCUGGAUGCAGCUGUAGAGUUGGAGUACAGGGACUACACUGGACCUCGCCUUCAGGACACCCAUAAAGUGCUCAUGUUUGACCAUGCAUUAACUGCAGAUGAGGUGAAUCGCAAAUACAGUUAUAAAGGUCUGGUUGCAGAGGCGCUCCGGCAGCUUGUCGGCGAGCACGGCUACAAACAAGAUGAGGUUCUUGCACCAGGAUAUUACACAGAUUUCCUGCUGUGGAUCGAUAGCACUGGCCGCGUUCUCCCGAUCAGAACAUCGGCAGCAUCAUUAACUGCAGGUUCAACCCCGUGUGUAGCGCUAAACCUCAAAUCUCCUGAAGGUUCUGCCUCUGUCGCUGCUCUCACUACUGACUUCAAGAAGUUUUCUCCCUUCGCUCCUUCACUAGAGGAAGAGGGCGAAAAACGAGCAGGCGAGGAGCCUGUCUUCCUCUCCGCUCACAUACGCCCCUCGGUGGCAACAGCAGGUGCUCCAAGGGUCGGCCCUAAUGGAACGGUACCGCUCGACUACAACCCAUACUACACAACUUCUGAUUAUUACUCUACCCUAGCCAAGGAGCACUCCCUAGAGAGCCAGGACAGCUCUACUCUAAGUAGCCCAUCAGACUGCCUGACCCAGGCAGGACCUUCUGUUCCAGGGACGGUCGCCCCGCAAGACUCUCUCUUUCAGUUCUCCAUUGGAAAAAUCCUGGAGGAUGAGGGGGGUGCUGCCACCACGGCAGGAGCAAACCCGGGGCCGGACUGUGAGAUCACAACGUUUUAUGAAGGCGUGUCGUACCCGGAGAGUAGCGAGAGCGACGUAGUGGCCAGUUCUCCAAUGCAGCUUCACAACACAGACAACCCAGAAGCUGAGCGGACAUCAGGAGAACAAGUGAAGAGGGUUAUAAUGUCUGUGAAUGAUAAAUGGCAUUAUUGCCAUAAUUCUGAUGUGCUGGUGGGAUCCAGGGCAAUGAGAGACCGACACCUGCUGUUACUGGGUUACGUGAUACUGCAGCUGCCCUAUCUGGAACUGGAGAAGCUGAACGGGAUAGAGGAAGUAAAGCAGUACCUACACAAAAAGCUGCUGGAAAUUCCUUUAUGACAUCAUCAAUGGAAAGAGAGUGUGUUUGUGUGCUUCAGAGAGCAUGUGCAACAGUUUCAAGAGGUUUUGUUGCUUUCAGAAAGACUUUUGUGUACGUGUGUAUGUGAGUGUCUGUAUGUAUGCGUGUUUGUUACGCAUGGGAUGUGAUCAGUCCUUGUUUUCAGGACAACAUCUGUGGACACGAGGAAUCUGGGUGGGUGUUAUAUUAGUUCUUUAACUAUAGAUUGAGAUCUCUGGGCAAAUUUCAAAGGUAUAUCAUAUUAUGUAGUAUGUGGUAGGAUGACACAAUACUUCCCUCAGCCAAUUAUGAAGCGCCAUUUCUGUCAUGUGGAGGGAAAUAUUUAUCCUUCUCAGUAUACUUAUAUCAAAAAAAUACAGUAGCACUUCUGAAAUGUUUAUGUUUUGUCCAGAGCGAGUGUUUUGGUAUAUUUGGUCAUUGGUAUGAUCACUAAGGGAUGAGAGAGGUUAGUUGUUCAUUAUUAUAUGUUCCCCAGCUAUUUCUUUUGUAUUCGCACAUCUCUUUUUGAUGUGUUCAUGUGCAGUGUCUUUUGGGGAAAGUAUGGAAUAUAAUAUAUUUUUUGCUAGUGCACUUGGUGCAAACACAAGUGUGGAGUGGUCUGGUGAUGAGCUGUUUGAAUUCCUUUAUUUCAGAUGCAGCCAUAAAGAUUUUAAACCUGAAAGAACUAUGGAUGUAUAUUAAAAAUAGAUGGGACCGUUAAGUCUUAUGAUUCUAUUGGAUGUUAACUAUAUAAAGCUAAAGAAUGGAAAAAGGAAUGUACAGAAGUUCUAAUAUGUAGGGAAGGGUUAUAGUUACACAUUUUAUUUUCUCAGAAAGUUUGUCAACGUUGGCGUCAUGAGCGAAAAGCAAUGCACCCAGUUGACUGUAGGAUAAUAAUUAAAUAAUUUUCAUCUCUCCUGUGUUGGAGAAUGUUGAGUUUUUAGAGUGUGCCUUUAGAUUAUGGAGCUGCUGUCAUUGUAAUCGUCAAUUCAAUUUUUGUGUGAUAAAACAAGUCAAAUUUAACUUCAGUUUUAAAAUAAAGGUAAUUUCAUUAGUAGAAAGGCCUUGAUCCAUUGGGUUUGUCUGGGCUGACAACAAUCGGUAAUUUUUGUCGUAGCGACUAUGAAAGGCAACCGUCUAUCCAGAUAUUAAAGUUUACAAAACAUGCAUAUUUGUUUUCAACUAAAACAGUGAUAGAUUAUUCAAUUUCUUCAGGCCUUGCUUUAAUCCAUUUAUAAAAGCAUAAAGAUCUUGUAAUCUGAGAUCUUAUUCAUAUGAAAUACUUAUUUUGUGCGAGUCAUUCAUAUGCCACUUUCUCUGUGUGCAUUUGCUUUGCUCUUUCUUUAGAGGGGAACAUAAUUUAUUAUGGGAAGUGAGUGUAAGUGGAUUGUGUGAGUGAAUGUCUGUGUAUGUUUAUAUAUACAUAUUAAAAUAUCUAUAUAAAAAAGAUUAUUACAAAUUAAAAAGCAAAAAA